GUAUCUCUGAAUUUUACACGCACUAGUGGCAAAUUUCCAAACGCAGUCGCUUGAGCCUGUUACAUUUUUCGGCCAAGUCCAAAGACUUCGUGGCCAGCCAGAGACUUCGAUCGAUCUACGGCGAUUGCACCUCACGUCGGAAGCAGCACCGGAGCUCGCGCGUCCAGGCGCCGGCCACCAUGACGUUGACGACGGUCGCAUUCACCGUGCGCCGGGGGGAGCCGGCGCUCGUCGGCCCCGCCGCGCCGACGCCGCGCGAGACGAAGCGCCUGUCCGACAUCGACGACCAGGAGACGCUGCGCGGGCAGAUGCCGUUCCUCUUCUUGUACCGCGGCGGGGUGCACGUGCGUGCCGACGACGACGACCCGGCGUGUGUGAUCCGCCGCGCGCUCGGCGAGGCGCUGGUGCCGUUCUACCCGCUCGCGGGGCGGCUGCGGGAGGUGGAGGGCCGGAAGCUGGUCGUCGACUGCACCGGCGAGGGGGUGCUGUUUGUGGAGGCCGACGCUGACGUGCGGUUGGACGAACUGGAGGCGACCGGGCUGAGGCCGCCGUUCCCGUGCAUGGACCAGCUGCUGUUCGACGUGGACGGCUCCAGCGGCGUGCUCCACUGCCCCCUGCUGCUCAUCCAGGUGACCCGGCUGCUCUGCGGCGGCUUCGUCCUCGCGCUCCGCCUCAACCACACCAUCUGCGACGCCAUCGGCCUCGCCCAGUUCAUGUCCGCCGUGGCCGAGCUCGCCCGCGGCCUCCCCGCGCCGACCGUGGCGCCCGCAUGGUCCCGCGAGCUCCUCGAAGCGCGCAACCCACCGAAGCCGGCGUUCCCUCACCGCGAGUUCGACGUGGCGCCACCUCCGCCACCCCCACCGCCGGGCGACAUGGUGACGCGGACCUUCACCUUCAGCCCAGCCGACGUCGCCGCGAUCAAGCGCGCCCUCCCGCUGGCUCUCCGCGAGGCGGCCACGACCUUCGAGGCGCUGACGGCGGCCCUCUGGCGCGCGCGCACGGCGGCGCUGGCGCCCCCUCACGACGCGGAGGCGCGGCUGGUGUCCAUUGUCAGCUUUCGUGGCCUUCCCGAGCUGGCGCUCCCCGCGGGUUACUACGGCAACGCGUGCGUGCCCGUGGCCGCGCUCACCACCGCGGGGGCACUGCUGGCGGGGUCGCUGGGCGACGCGGUGGCGCUGGUGCGGGGGACCAAGGCGGCGGUCACCGCCGAGUACGUGCGGUCCACGCUGGACCUGCUGGUGCUGCGGGGGCGGCCGUGCGUGGCGCUCGCGAACCUGUUCCUCGUGUCCGACAACCGGCGCGCGGAGUUCCACCGGCUGGACUUGGGGUGGGGCGUGCCGGCGUACGGGGGUCCUGCCGUGGCGCUCUUCGGGUUGAGCUUCUUCGUCCAGGCAGGGAACGGUGACGACGUCGCCGUGUUGAUGGCGCUGCCGCGGCCGGCUAUGGACCACUUCGCGUCGGAAGUGGAGACGUUGUUGAAGGCUUAGUUGGGUGUUCUUGAAUCUUGACGAGCGAGCGAGAGAGCGGCAGAGCGCCGCCUGUUCUUGCUAAUGCUAACUGUCUUCGCUCAAAUUUGUCGUCUAUUCGUCGCC